AUGCUUAGAAGGGUGUUCUCCUGCAGAUUCAUCACAGCUUCACAGUACCAAGGAUUAUGUGGGGGUCAUUGUUCAAAUCAUUCUUUCAAACAUUUGGGAUUGCUGUAUGAAGUUUGUGGUCUCAAACCAUCUAAAAUAAUUGUGCAACAUCAUUGGCAGCCAACUGCACCAUUCUGUUCUAGUAUAACCCAGCAGCCAAUUCAAACCAGCAUGGAAGACAAGCUUGGUGUGAAUGAAGUCAGCGAGGGCCAGGCUAAGGUGGUGCUGCCUUCAUCUGUUUUCUAUAAUCCAGUACAAGAAUACAAUCGAGAUUUGACGAUAGCUAUCAUAUCUGAAGUGUCCGCCGAAAGCUUCCACAGAAGUAAUAACAAACCUGCAGACAGUCAAGCAUUGGAGCAAAAGCAGCCGCAAGCUGGAAAGUAUUAUGAAAAUGGUAUUUCAAUUUUUGAAGGUCUUGCUGCUUCAGGGCUGAGAUCAGUCAGGUUUGGACUAGAAAUACCGGGAGUCAGAGAAGUCAUUGCUAAUGACUUUGAUAAAAAUGCUGUUGCUUUUAUUGAAAGAAAUAUAGAGAAAAAUGAGAUUAGUCACCUUGUAAAAGCAAGACAUGGUGAUGCAGCCAUGGGCAUGUAUGAACACAGGCAGGAAAGUGACCAGUUUGAUGUCAUUGAUCUAGAUCCUUAUGGCAGUCCAAGUAUUUUUCUGGAUUCAGCUGUCCAAGCUGUGAAAGAUGGAGGUUUGCUGUGUGUUACAUGCACUGAUGCUGCUGUUUUGUGUGGCAAUGCUCCAGAAAAAUGCAGUGCUAAUUAUGGAGCCAUGUCCCUACGAUCUAAAUUUUGUCAUGAGAUGGCAGUAAGGAUCAUACUUCAGUGUAUUGACUCCCACGCCAACCGCUACUCGAGGUACAUUGUACCUUUAGUUUCAUUGAGUAUUGACUUUUAUUUCCGAGUGUUUGUGCGGGUGCAUACAGGGCAGAAGCAGGUUAAACAUUCCGUAGCAAAGAGAUCUAUGGUGUUUGAAUGUGUGGGCUGUGGAGCACAUAUGAUACAGCCAAUUGCUGAAGUCAUACCCACUAAAGGAGAAGGCAACUUCAAAUUUAUGCCAGGCAGUGGCCCUGUGGUUCCGCAGAAAUGCCAACAUUGUCAUCACCAGCAUCGGAUUGGUGGACCCAUUUGGUCUGCUCCAAUACAUGAUCAUGAUUUUAUUAGACGAGUGAUAGCAAGAGUGCAGUCCAGCGGUCAUUCGUUCCAUACAGCAGAUCGCAUCAUUGGCAUGCUGAAUGUGGCUCUAGAAGAACUCCCAGAUGUGCCUCUGUACUAUGUGCUUGAUGCCGUGUGUGGCGUGCUGCACUGCACACCUCCAAGUAUGAAAGUAUUCAGGUCAGCACUGCUGAAUGGUGGAUAUCGAGUGUCUCUGUCCCAUGCUGCUAAAAAUUCUUAUAAAACUGAUGCUCCAAUAGGCUUUGUUUGGGAUAUCAUGCGGGCUUGGGUGAAGAACAACCCAGUAAGCUCACGGCGUCUGACUGAAGGCUCUAUUGUGAAGACUAUCCUGGAUCAGCAGCAGACCUAUGAGGUGUCUUUCCAAGAACAUGCUGAUGCAAACCCUCAGUCCAGGGAGAAGGGACUGUUACGCUGGCAGACCAACCCUGAACCAUAUUGGGGUCCUAAAGCCAGGGCAAAACGAGGUCACAGUGUAGACCUUGUAGCGAAGCAAGCAUCCAAUCAGGGCAAGACAAAAAAAUCUAAGGUUGGCGACAUUUCUGAAGCCAACAGUGAACAUACCAUGGAUGAUAGUGCUGAGGAAUCUCGCAAUUCUUGUAGCUGA